UAAAACUCCAUCCUUCAACCUCCUGCCACACAGCAACUAAAGAGCGCUCUGAAUCCGUCAUCAUGUCUUCUUCCUCCGGAGAUGCGCUUGAAACACUGAGCGUCUUGAUCACAAAUGCACUUACGCUCGUCGGCCAACUCGAGGAAGCUGUGUCCAGGUUCUCGACCGUUGACCAGACGAGCCCUUCGAGCCAGGCGCCGCCAUUACCACUUCAAACUGCUGCAGGCGAUGGCCCUCUCGAUGCGCUCUCGCUCGCACACGACUCGGCAGCUCUGAUCAAGGCACAUGCGACCAAAAUUUCCCUCCUUAUCAUUACCGAGCCAUUCACCCCGACGGCCAUUACGAAGGUGCUCCGAGAGCUUGUCGCCAGCCCUGUGCCCAGCCUGGCUGCCGCAGUCGAGGCGUGUACGCCGGAACGGUACACGCGAUGGCUCAGGCAAGAUUUGGCUUGGCGCGCCGGGCGCGUGCUGAAGGAGCUGAAGGAACUGCUCCUGCGAGUUCCCAGGGACGGCAAAGUCCUCUCGGACGCCGAGAAGAAUGCGCCGGCAGGGGCGGGGGGCGGCAGAGGCAGCAUUGUCACCACUGGCGUCUUGUGGUCAGCUUGCGAUGACGUUAUGGUGUUUGCCAGGCGGGGAUUUGCUGGAAAUUUGGCGCACAAGAUUAACCAACUCAAUGAUACACUGAAGGACGUCUUGGAGGAGUUGAAGGAAUGGGGCGAAACGGAAGAUGAUGACCUCGACGGCGAUGAGGGCAGUGACGACAGUGGUGAGGACGGCGCUGGUAUCGCUCCGGCUACUUCAAAUUCUGAGACCAGCGUGACGCCGGCGACGCGAGACACCCAAGCUCUCUUGGACGACCUAAUGAACUCCCAACGAUUCAUCCCUCGCGACGACCCCGACAAGAUCCGAGAGAGACUGGAGUCGUGCCUCAGGAGGCUUCGCCUAACCUCCCUGCUCUACCAAGCCACUGUGAAGCGCAGGAUCAAGCCCUUGCCGGACCUGCCCCCGGCUUCGCAAUCGGACGUGUCCGCCCGGUUGGACGAAGUCGUCGUCAUUCUCAAGAGGUUACCGGAGCGGUUUGGCAGUCUCGCUAUGGCAUUCUACGACCUCGAUCCAGUCGAAAUUGACCGCUUGAUGGACGAGUGUUUUUUUGACGCCUUCGCUGCCUCCGAGCUCCUGGCCAAACCCUGGGAGGGACAGAAGGACGAGUUCACCGACUGGGCCCUGAAAUUUCAGGUGGAGAUCAAAAAAGUUUGAAGUGGGAUUUUUGCUGCUCGAUGCUGACCUCGGUUUUCCUCCAUCACCCGCCCGUUUCGAUGGCUGUUCAGGGCCACGCAGGAGUCCACCGCCAUUUCGGCUCCCAAGACCUGACAGCUCACGCCACGUCCACUUUGUGGAAAGGAUCAUCGGGUUCCUUCACUCUGAGGCACUGCGCUUCGGCUCCGACAUCUGGAGUUGCUUGCCUGCCGGA